GGCGGGAGGGAGGCGGUGCGCGCACCGGCCGACAAACAAACAAACGGGCGGGCGGGCGGACGGACGGACCGACCGACCGACCGACCGACCGACCGACCGACCGACUCACCCGCGUGCCGCCGCCGACAUGGUGUCCCCUGUCACCGUGGUGAAGAGUGAAGGCCCCAAACUGGUGCCCUUUUUUAAAGCCACUUGUGUCUAUUUUGUCCUCUGGUUGCCAACUUCCAGCCCUUCCUGGUUCAGUGCCCUCAUCAAGUGUCUGCCCAUCUUCUGCUUGUGGGUUUUUCUCCUGGCGCAUGGAAUCAACUUCUUAAUUGCACACCGGAGUGCCAGUCGCAUCCUGGCAGGACUCAUAUUUUCAGCAUUGGGAGACGCUUUUCUCAUCUGGCAGGAGCAGGGCUACUUCAUUCAUGGUCUUCUGAUGUUUGCCAUCACACACAUCCUGUACUCCUCAGCCUUCGGCAUGAAGCCUUUGGACCUGAAAGCCGGCCUGUUGAUGGGCCUUGUUUCCAGUUCCUGUUAUGCCUUCCUGUACUCCUACCUCUCGGGCCCAUUCACCUACUUGGUAGCUGUUUACAUCGCCUUGAUUGGCUUCAUGGGCUGGCGAGCUGUUGCCGGCAUGCAGCUCUGCAAUGACCUCUGGACGUGGACCAAGCUGUCGGCCUGCAUCGGUGCAAUGCUUUUCAUGGUGUCAGACCUGACCAUUGCAGUUAACAAGUUCUGCUUUCCUGUGCCCUACUCACGUGCCAUCAUCAUGGCUACUUACUAUGCAGCCCAAAUGCUUAUUGCAUUGUCAGCUGUAGAGAGCAGAGAUGAAGAGGACUUCAGAAAGAGGAACUAGGCGUGCCAAUAGCUUGUGGACAAUGUGGGUUAUAUCUCAGGUGCUGUAGCUGCAUUCACCCCUGAGAGAGAGCUCCAUUUCUCUAGGCACAUUGGUGAUGUUGAUUUUGCUUCUUUGAAGCAUUACCUUUGGGUUUUUUUUUUCAGUGGCUUUCUCUGAAUAUUGCUUACUUCAGUGUGGAGUCCACAUCAGAAAACUUAAGACUGUCCCUGCAGCAGCUACUUAUUCAACUUUUCCUCUUUGGAAGUGCUGUGCUACUGCAUUGCAUUUGUUAGUCCUGAAACUGAUGCUGAAUGUCUGGGAAGAGGGAGGCUGAUGGAAAGGAGGGUUGGCAGUGCACUGUGCUAGACAACUUGCUUUCAGUAGGGGACAGACAAACCCCCAUCUCUACUAAAUAGGUAAAAAUUAAUUUCAUUGGUAUUUAAGCCAGUCUCUCUUUUAGUGCAUUGCAAACUCAGUAUGCAAAUGGGAGCUAUCAGAACCUUUGCUGAAAGGAAGCCCAGAAGUAGAGUAAAACCAGCACGUUCAGAUGAAGGUUGAGCUUUGGAGGCAAUGGCAGUGUGUGGGCCAGAUCCCAAAAAAACGGAUAGAGGCAAAACACUAAGCAGAGAGCACUUAGCAAGAGAUAUGCUGGGAUGCAGUACUGUGUGCUUUGAUCAUGGCUGAUCAGUGCUCUGGAGCAGGUCUGUGGAUCUGUCCCAGUGCUAACGUGUGACAGAACUAGGAAUUUCAGGGAAAUCUGUGUAACCAGGCCAGUGUGUUCUCUUUCUGCCACAUGUGUGCAGUUAUAUGGUGUCAGCAGCACCAGUGACAGGUGAGCUGUAACGGGAACAUGAAGAACUGUGAUUUUUGCAGAAGGACUUUGAGCAUCUGUCUUACUAAUAUACCUCCUAUCUGCCUCCUUAACAUGGCAAAUAGGAAUCUAACCUUUAUGCCUUUCCUCCUCAGGAUUUUAAUGAAUAAUAUUCCAUUUACUCAUUAAGCUUUUACAGUACUGCUGCUUGCAGUAUUGCUCCCAAAUCUCCCUGUCAACAUUUCCUUUGUCUGAUGUUGGUUAGUCAAGGCCCUCAUCUUGGUUGUGGAUGGUUGUUGCCUUUCACCAACAGGUGGCACAUGAUCAGCGUUGCACCACUUGCUUUUGGAAAGCCCCUUUUCAAUAGAGCUUCCUGAGAAGCGCUGUCCUGUGUGCUCCAAGUGCCUGCCGCUUCCUUCUUGUACUGACAUGAAGGCAGCGAGAAUGUCAGCACCAUCAGGGUUGAGAAAGCCUAUUUAAUUCUGAUCCAAAUUCUUCAUUCAGUUUGUCCAUCUGCUGAAGCAAGAUUACUUCCGACUUCAAACUUUCUUAAAAAGAUACAGAAAGAGGUGCCCCUUUUUAUUAAAGUUUCGAAUGAGCAACUAGUGCAUUGAGGUAUGCAGAGGAAGCUGAGGGUUCUUGCACCACUUCAAGCCAAAACAGACCUAAACAGACUGCACGACUGUAAUCUGCAUGGGCUCCAACAACCCCUUCAAUACGCUCGCAUGAACAGAGCAAACAGGAGGAGCAACCCUUCCUCGUAGGCUGGAAAUCAGUGUUGUCUUCAUACCUAGAGUUCCUGGACCAUUCCAGUUGAAAGCCUGGCACUGAAUCCCUGGAACAGUUGGCAGAGCAGGAAUUCCUCUCCAUGAGGUAGUAUGGCAGGGUCAAGGGGUAGUUAAGGGAAGAUUACCAACCCUACUAGGUUUCCCAUUGAUGUUGAGAGGUGCUAAGUGGGUUUCGUGCGCCUCCCGAGCCUUGCACAAUGGGAUUCAGACACUCCUGCAUUAGUGCAAAUACAGCCAGUGUUACAAAAAAUCUAAGUUAACUGUCCUGACCCUGUAAAAUCAUCUGCUGCUUUUCAGAUAGAGAUCAGAAAGGCCUGCUGCGUUACUUGGGAGGGAAAGCAUUGUAAAUAGCACAGGCCCGUGUAAUCUCUUCCUUUAAUGCUGUUGUGUAAUAUUGUCAGUAUGCAUUCACUGCAGUACAAGGGCCUGUCUGGAGUAAACUGCUAAGGGAAUUUAGAGCCACACAACAUUCUCAUUCAUCAGUAUCGCUUAUCUUCUGGCCGCAGUGUGAACCCUGCAUCGUAGCUCUCUGUGGAUGUCACCUGCUGCUACUCAGCUUGACAGUUUGCGACUCUCUUCUUGCAACAGACUGACCCAGCUAAGAGGAAACAGAGCAUUUGGGGUGAACCCCAACAUGCUCCUAGGGCAUAAGCAAACAGCACGUUUCAGUUUGAUUUACAGCCCACUGUCAUAGUUCAUUCCAGCACACUGAGUCCUUACUUGCCAUUUUUCCAGAGCAUUCUCCCUCGGCUUUCCUUUGCUUUGAAGGAGUGUGUGUUAAUAAGUUAGAAUGUCAGGCUGAGCCAUGACCUCCCUCUUCUCUAGAAAUGAGACAUCAUCAAUUUUCUGAAAGUGUCUCAGUUGCUUUUCUGCAGUCUUUUUUAUCUUGCCUUCAUUUGCUACCCUCCUCUACUAUUAGCCACUGUAUACUUGCAGGGAAGGUUCUUUUAAGUGUUUGUUAAUAGGAAAUCUGCCCUCUUGAUAAAAAGGAUUCUCCCCUCACUGUCAAGAGGUGCUCUUUCUGGCGGCAGAGGUCUCUGGGUGGAGCUAGCUGGAUCGCAUUCCUGCCCAAGAACGUGCGGCAGAGCCCUCCGCAUAGGAAGUGAGAAAGAGGCCUGGGUUGUUCGGCAGUUCACCAGCUCUGGCUCUUUUAAUCAUCAUUUUUUUCUCCUGCUCUACACUUCCUCUUUUAAUCUACAUUACUUGAAUGAAACCAUUUUCCCGCAGGCUGUCUUAACUGCUGUGUGGACACUGAUUUGACAUGAUUUUGAUUUUCAUAAACCUUAGGAAGCACUGAUCGGUUGCUGACUGUUAAAUACAUCUGGCAUGUGCAUGUUGUGUGCGUGUGUGUGAAAACACUUCCUCUUACCCCCAGUGAGGGCAGUCUUCAAUUCAAAAGGGAGCAAACAAGAAAUGGGGAGCACAUGAUUGCCCGCGGCAUCGCCAGUCCUUUCCUGGACUUCCCGUUGCCCAUUUAUGCAUUGUCAAACUGAGAGGUUUGAGCCGUUCUUCCCCUUUUCCUUUCAGGGCCACAGUCUCGGAGGCGCACUCACUCUUUGGCCCAGGCACUUUGCAGAGGGCAUAAAGCACCCUGCAUGCGUGGUGUGCGCCUGGUCCCAGCAGUAUUCGCUCCUUCGCUUGCUAAGUACAGACUUUCUUUUUACUACACUGUACUCAAAAGCCCCUCUGAAAUUCCCAUCUACAGUAACUUGAGGCUAAGCAUAGCGUGCCAUUACUUCUGCUCGCUUUCAUUACCAUAGUUAUCACCCACCCAGGCUCCUAGGAGAUCCUUUGGCUCCUUUUUGGGAAAUAUAACAGUUGUGGCUAAUAUACGUAUGUCAGCCCUCUCUCUCUCCCCCUCCCCCUCUCUCUCCCCCUCUCCCUCUCCCUCCCUCCCCCCCC